CUGAAGAAUCUCUGAUGCAGUCGCUGAGUGAAAGACCGUCAGAGAGCACAGAGGUCACCAUUAAGGGCCUUGAAGUGUCCAAACCAGGCCGGUACCAGACUCUGCCCUCCGACAACUUCCUGGAAAUGAACGAUUCUGGCGUGGAGUUCAGCCACUCUGGUUUCCCUCAGGACAGCGACACUGAAGCCGUGAUGACCUACGCCUCCCACAAGCCCCUCCUGAACGCCGCCUCCCCUCCAGCCAUGACAAACGGAGCGCUCUCCGACAGCCUGGAAGCCGCCGCGGUCCUCGACGGCGACCUCAGCGCCGUGCGGACCCCGGACUCUGUUCUGAGUGCCAGCCCUGCCUCCCAUCCCCGCUCGGCUGCAGCUGCCACCCCUGAUGGCAGCCUGCACGGCGCUGCAUCGCCGGCGACCGGCUCCAGGGUCACCGCCGAGUCCGACUCAGCCAAGACAGAUGGCGGGUCGGAGGGUGGAGAAGGUGGACAGAAGGAUUAGUCAGCUCCAAGCAGCUGACAGGAAACACCAGGGUGUAUGUUUUCAGCACACGUCUACGUAAAACAUCCACGCUGCAGGAAUCUUUUUCACACUGAAACACAGAGAAGUCCUAAAACCCUGCGUGUGAGACAUCACAGACAACAUAUGGAGGUUGGUGAAGAUGUGGCCACGAAGAAAAGGCAAAAAAUAAAAUGCACAACGUGGUGUUUAAUUCACUUUGCACAGAUAAAAGCAAAAAACCCAACGUCACUGUCUGUCAAAAGAGCAAAGCAACCCUGUGCAUGAAUUUUACUGAAACAAUUAUAAAAAUCUACAAUACAGACGUUAGAGUAGUCUGCAUGCAAACCUG